GAAAUGAGAGUAAUAACAUCUGUUUGCAGAGUAUUGUUAUCAAUAAAGAAAAAUUGAUUAUGGAGAAGAUACGUUGUAUCCAGAUUUGUACUUUCUUUCGGCAAAAGAUGGCUCUUAGGGCAGUUUUUGUUGUUUUGUUUCUCUUUCAUCAACAAGCUUCGGCAGCAGUUGAUGAGCCUUUUCAAUGUCACGAUUUAGAAGAAUAUGAUGCAAAAGUACCUGGAGAAAUCACCAGCCCUUUCUAUGGAAAAGGCUCUUAUCCAGAUAAUCUGUGGUGCGAAUAUAAAAUAACAGCCCCAGAAGGUCAUCGCAUCAAAUUAACAUUCAAAGACAUGGACAUCGAUCCCACCGAGAGCUGCGGCACGGACAAGCUGGUCGUGUACGGUAAAGAGAAAGAGAGCGUGCUGGCGAUCUUUUGCGGCCAGAUCAUUCCAAAUCCCAUCAUGUCGCACGAGGACGAGAGUGAGAUUCGACUGUUGUUCCAGACCGAUUUCAUGGUGGGGGGUAGGGGGUUCCGCCUGCAGUACGAAUCGGGGCCUGAUCUAGAUUUAUGCAAGGCGGAUGAAGGAAUUUGCCACAAUCGAAAUUGCUACCAUCAAGACAAAAGAUGCGACAAUGUGGAUGAUUGUGGUGACGGCACUGACGAAGAAGACUGUGGUAAAGCAGCCUCUGCACUCUCCGACGACUGUGGAAAAACUCCUAUAAAACCUCACACAAUUUACGGUGGCCCAGACCGGGUGGUUGGUGGCGAAGUUGCUGUGCCCAACAGCUGGCCGUGGCAAGUCUCCAUCCAACGAGCUCACAUCGAACCGAACGGCCACUUUUGUGGAGGUACCCUCAUCAGCCCACAGUGGGUUGUUAGUGCUGCUCAUUGUUUUGGAAAUUCUCCUUAUCCAUCUUCAAUUAGACUCGUGUUCGGAAGUCACAACAAAUUCAACAAAACCAAGUACCAAGUAACAAGAAUCGCCGAGAGAAUCAUUUCUUACCCUGACUUGGAAGGAGACGAUUUAGGAAAAGGACAAAUACAUCACGAUAUUACAUUGAUAAAACUGAAUGCCCCCGUUACAUACAACGACGGUAUCCAGCCUGCUUGCUUGCCCCACCUGGGAUGGGAUGCGAGGGCUGGAUGGGAGUGUUAUGCUACUGGAUGGGGCGAAACCAGAGGGUCUGGUUUCUCAGAUGAACUCAAACAGACUCGACAGGUGAUCCUUGACAAAGAAAAUUGCACCCACAACGAACAAACACAGAUUUGUGUUGAAAAGACUUACAAUUCUCCGUGCCAUGGUGACAGUGGCGGCCCAUUGGUGUGCAAACUUGCUGGACAGUGGUUCGUAAUGGGUGCUACCAGCUUUGGAACUCACAGCAACUUCAUGAGCGGUUUGUGCGGCGUGCCGAACGCCAAAGUCGUCUAUUCCAAAGUUGCAGACAAAGGAGACUGGAUCAGGAAACUGAUGAAUAUGUAUGGUUAGACAACUAAUUGAAAGAAAAUGAAAUUAUUCAAAGUACAAAUAAUAGUUGCUUAUAUACAGAGAGAAAACUCUCACAUUACAAGAUGAAAAAUUAUUGUGCUGUACCUUUGCAUCUAAAUAAAAACAUCUAAGCUGAGAAAAAAAAACUUUUAAUU